AUGAUGAUCAUCCUGAACUUCGAUGCCACCUACCGACAUUUGAGAUUUUUCUCAGCCAAGACCAAGAUAGUCAAGAGAAUCUUCUCCUUCCUUAAGAAUGCCUGGACAAAGGAGGUGGUGCUGGUCUGGGGCCUUGUUAUAAUUAUACCCAAAGUCAGUUCCUACACCAAGUAUGCCACCUCAGUCAACCAGACCACACCCUACAACUACCCAGUGCCAGUACAAGAUAAUGGGUACAUGCUCAAUGUUCCCAUCUACCCCUGGGACCCUCAGGGCCUAAGCCUGGAAUGGCUGAAGAUGCUGUGA